AUGGACGAUGAAGACUCUGAGUUCUCACAGAAGGAUCCGACGUCCUAUGCCCCCCCGGCCGACAGAUCUGAUCCUGGACUGAAGAAUGUGGACGGCCCUGGUGGAGAGGAAGAGGAAGAGAAGGAGGAAGGAGGAGGAGCAGACACAGCUUUGACCAAACUCAGGCCUCCUCAGCUUCUUCUCCACAGAGAUGUGAUUGGCAGAGGACACCGGCGAAUCGGAGGUCAGAAUCCCAGAGCCAUCAACAUGUCUCCUCCGGCAGCUGCUCCGCCCCUGACUGCCGCCACCUCAGUGUCGGGGACAAGGACGGCGCUGCUGUCCAAUGAGGUGAGGAGAGAGAAUGCGAAGCAAGCGAGAGCCAUCAGGGAGGAGAGACGAGGGACGCUGGACGCCCGACAUAAGUACUUGAUCAGCCGGCUGGCCGACGCUGGGACACUGGGCGAGGCGGAGGUGGAGGACGCUGUUAUCUCUGACGACAAGUUCCGUCUAAUCGAUGACUUCUUCGCUGCAAAUGGAUCCAAGAAGCUGAUUUUCUUCUAUCAGGACAUGAAGCAGAACCUGUCGUCCACUCAGUCGUCCUCUGUGGACGUGUUGUCCUCGGCCGUCGCUCAGAGGAAACUCUUCCUCACCACCGCGAACUCUGAGCCUUUACUGGGGAAGUGUCUGUUCUUCCUGAGAACCACAGACAAGGCUAUAACCCCCGCCAACAUACAGCAGGAGGUGACCCUCGGCCUGUUGGACUGCAGCGGCGGCAGCUUCCUGCACGGCGUGGAGACUCUGCUGCUGGACGUCCUGGUACCGGCUCUCAGGUCCCAGCAGACGGGAGCUUCCUCUCCCGACCUCCAGACCUUCCAGUCGUCUGUGGAUCAGUUUGUCAGUAAUCUGAACUCGGCCCGACUCAACGUGGAGAGAAAGUUCCAGCUGAAGCCGGUUGACCUCCCUGACGCCAUCGAGCAGCUGAGGCUCCCCGUGGAUUACACCUCUGCAGCCAAUAACAGCGAGCUGGUGGAGCGUCUGGAGGGCGUGGUCUCGGUGUGGACCAAUCAGAUCAAGCAGGUGCUGACGGAGAGCGAGCAGAUGAGGAAGGAGGCGGAUGACGUCGGACCCUCGGCGGAGCUGGAGCACUGGAAGAGACGCCUGGUGACCUUCAACAGUCUGAUGGAGGAGUUGAAGAGUCCUCAGGUGAAAAGGACUCUGGGAGUUCUGCAGGUCGCCAGGUCCCGAGCGAUACGAGUCUGGAGAGAGCUGGACAGAGACAUCACUGUGGUGUCUAACGAGGCCAAAGACAACGUGAAGUACCUGAACACCCUGAACAAGUUCUUUAGGCCUCUGAGGAAAUGCACUCCGACUGGUUUGCUGGAGCACCUCCCCGGGCUGAUGAUGAGCAUCAGGAUGAUUCUCACCUUCUCUCAGUUCUACAACAGCUCAGAGAAGAUGACGUCUCUGCUGCUGAAGGUCACAAACCAGAUGAUGUCGUCCUGUAGGAGCUUCCUGCUGCAGAGCGUCAGCCACAUCUGGGGCCAGAGCAGGUCAGUGUUGUUGCAGCGUAUCUCUGAGUGCUGUCAUCUGAAGGUUCAGUACCAGAGGAGUUUCCAGUCAGUCAGAGAUAAGCUGAGAGAAAAUCCUGAGAUGAGACAGUUUGACCUCAGUGAAAACUACAUCUUUGGGAAGUUUGAUGCUUUCUGCAGACGUCUUGAGAAGAUUGCUGACAUGGCGUCUACGCUGGAGAGUCUGACCGCUCUGCAAAACAUGAAGGUAGAGGGUGUUGAGAAGAUUUACGUUCAAUACCAGAGCAUCGUCUGCAUAACUGAGUCCAAGACCUACGACUUCCUGGACCACCGCAACCUGGAGUUUGACAGUGACUACACAGACUUCCAGCUGCAAGUUCAGAGUUUGUUCCAGUCUCUUCAGUCUCUGCUCGACUUCUGGUUCCAUCAGUCUCUCACUACAGAGCAGAUGCUCGAUCUACUGGUUGUGUUUGAGUCUCUUCCUGCGUCGCCUCUGGAUCUGAAGCUUCAUUAUCUGCAGCUGCUGCAGUUUUACGGCAGAGAGCUAGAGCUGCUGAGGAGGACAUACGAGAGACAGAGAGAGAGACCGACCAUUGGACGCAACCUGCCUCCGGCGGCAGGCCGGGUGCUGUGGUGUCGUCACCUGUUCCGGAGGGUUGAAUCCCCCAUGUUGAUCCUGAAGAAGAAACUGAACAUCCUGAAGGGACCAGAGAUGAGCAAAGUGAUCCGCAGCUACAACAAGAUGGCGCUCAUGCUGCUGCAGUACGAGGAGGUGCAGCUGCAGGGCUGGGUUCAGACUGCAGAGAGGGCACCGCACUGCCUCAGCGCCGCCCUGCUGGUCCGACAUCAAAACUGCAAGGAGGUCUCGGUGAACCUGGACCCGGUGGUGCUGGAGGUUCUGCAGGAGUUUCGCUGGAUGACCAAACUCGGGGUGUUUGUGCCAAAGGUCCUCGUGAAGAUGACGUCCAGAGAAUCAGAAAUCAAAGCUCUUCACAACCAGCUGCAGGAGCUGCUUCUGGACUACCGCUCGGUCGUUGACGGGAUCCCGGCUCCUCUCUUCCCCCUGAUGCAGCCCUUCAUCGGCCGGGUGGAGGCGGCGCUCUCCCCCGGACUCACCACACUGUCCUGGACCGCUCUCAACACCGACGCAUUCAUACAGAGUGUGUAUGUGGCCCUGGAGGAGCUGGAGCAGGUUUCUAAAGCCGCCACAGAUCUGUUGGAGUGUCGUGUGGAUCGGCUGCUUCAGGCCGUGUCCUCCUGCCGCCUGCUGGUCCUGCCUGAAGACUCCCCCGUCUCACCUCAACACCUCCUGCUGCAGACAGACGCCUCAGUCCGAGCUGCUGCCGUCACUCUGAACUGGCAGAGUCAGCAGGUGGAGAAAUAUGUGUUUGAGCUGAUUGAGGAGCUGAAGAAGAAGAUGAAGCCGACAGAGACUGUUAAUCUGGAGGGAUCUUUCCAGUGUCUCCACCCAGACUCCAAACAGAAGACUCGCUGUCAGUCUUGUCUUCCUUGUCGUUUCUACAACCUGAUUGGUCAGCUCUGUCAUCGCAGCACUGAAGCUCUGGUCAAAGCCACCAAAUCAUCUCUGGACGCCCUGAGGAGGAGACUCCAUGUCGUUAAAUACCAGUCGUCCUCCGGCUCCUCUUCCUCCUCCAGCAGCCGCCCGGCUCCUCCUCCUCUCCUCAGAGCCUCCAUCCAGCUCGCCAUCCCCAACAUCGUCCUCCGACCCAGUCUGGACGACAUUCAGACCACAGUGAAUAAUCUGGUGAACCUGGUGUUGUCUGUGACCAGAGACAUUCCUCUGUGGACGUUCUCUCACCUGCAGUACAGACAGCAGCAGGUGGAGCAGGCGGCGCUUCGCGACGCUGGAGACGACGUCACGGUGAAGCCGCCGGUGCUCCGGCCUCUGGAGCGACAGCUGGCCGAACACAAAGACGUCACCAAGCUGGUGAUGCAGCUCAGCUCCGAGGUGUCGUCUCUGAGGAGCCCGGCUGCUGAGACGCUGAACGAGCUCGCUCACUUCUCCGCUCUGUGGAACCAGGAGCCAGAGGAGCAGGUGCAGAUCUUUCUGAGAUCGGAGCCGUCGCUCACAGAGUUCAGUUCUCAGAUCUGCUUCUACUCUAAGCUGGAGGUGCAGAUUUGGGAGCUCCCUCUGUCUCGUACGAUUGGUUCCAUCGUCUUCCACACCGACGAGCUGAAGCUAGCUCUGACGCAGGAGUGUCGCCUGUGGAAACAAGCCUUCGGUGCGGCGCUCAACCGCCGGGCGUCCGCCGACAUGGACGCCAUCUUCACGUUUGUGGACGGGAUGACGAAGAGUCUGCAGCGUCCAAUCACAGACCUGGAGGACGUCCGAGGAGCCAUGUCGGCGCUCAGAGAGGUUCGGGAGGCGGAGGUUCGUGUGGACGCCUCCAUCGGCCCAGUCGAGGAAUCCUUCGCUCUGCUCCUCAAACACGAGCUGCUGGUUAAUGACGGGAACGCCGAGCGCGUGGACGGCCUGACGUACGCCUGGAAGAACCUCAACGCCCUGGUGGUGCAGAACCAGAACACUCUGGUGAAGAUCCAACCCAGCAUGAAGGCAGACCUGCUGUCCGCAGUCCAGAGCUUCCAGAGCAACGUUCACGACUACUGCACCAAGUACAACCAAAGGGGUCCCGGCGUGGAGGGCGUGGCUCCAGUUGAAGCCAGUGAGCGUCUGCAGAGUUUCCAGUCAGACUUGGAUCAGCUGUGGAGGAAGUUCAUCACCUACUCAGGAGGAGAGGAGCUGUUCGGUUUGACUGUUCAAGAGUAUCCAGAGCUGCAGAGGAUCAAGAGGGAGCUCUCUCUUCUGUCCAAACUUUACAGUUUAUAUAACUCCGUCAUCGACAGCGUGACUGGAUACUACGACUUCCUGUGGGCGGGGCUGGACAUCGAGAAGAUGAACCUGGAGCUGCAGGACUUCCAGAACAGGAUCAGGAAGCUUCCGAAGGCGUUGAAGGAGUGGCAGGCGUUUAGAGAUCUGAAGAAGACCAUCGAUGACUUCACUGAGUCCUGCCCUCUGCUCUACAUGAUGGCCAACAAGGCGAUGCUGCCCAGACACUGGACUCGUCUCAGUGAGUUGACCGCUCACAGCUUCCAGGUGGAAUCAGAGAGCUUCUCUCUCAGAAGCAUCAUGGAGGCUCCGCUGCUCAAACACAAAGAGGACAUUGAGGACGUCUGCAUCAGUGCCGUGAAGGAGCGAGACAUCGAGGCCAAGCUGAAGGACGUCGUGGCCGAGUGGAGCAGCCAGAGCCUCAGCUUCGCCCCCUUCAGGACCAGAGGAGAACUGCUGCUGAGAGGAGCCGACACCGUGGAGAAAGUCUCCAUGUUGGAGGACGGCCUGAUGGUGCUGACCUCACUGCUGAGCAACAGGUACAACGCUCCGUUCAAGCCGUCCAUCCAGCUCUGGAUCCAGAAACUCUCCAACACGUCCGAGAUCAUCGAGAAGUGGUUGUCGGUUCAAAACCUCUGGAUCUACCUGGAGGCCGUGUUCGUGGGCGGAGACAUCGCCAAACAGCUGCCUCAGGAAGCGAAACGUUUCCUGAACAUCGACAAGUCCUGGCAGAGGAUCAUGCAGCGAGCUCACGAGCUCCCCAACGCCGUGCAGUGCUGCGUGGGAGACGAGACGCUCAGCCAGCUGCUGCCUCACCUGCUGGAGCAGCUGGAGCUGUGUCAGAAGUCUCUGUCCGGUUACCUGGAGAAGAAACGACUGGUGUUCCCUCGCUUCUUCUUCGUGUCCGACCCCGCCCUGCUGGAGAUCCUGGGUCAGGCGUCGGACUCGCACACCAUCCAGGCUCAUCUCCUGAGUCUGUUCGACAACGUGAGCCGAGUGGUGUUCAGUGAGAAGCUCUACGACCAGAUGCUCAGCUUCCAGUCUCAGGAAGGAGAAACUGUGGAGCUGAGUCAACCCGUCCUGGCUCAGGGGAACGUGGAGGUGUGGUUAGUGCAGCUGCUCGCCGGCGUCCGACACACGCUCCACGCCAUCAUCCGUCAGGCCUACGUGGCGACCACUGAGCCGGGCCUGAAGCUGCUGGACUUCCAGGCAGCGUUCCCAGCGCAGGUCGGCCUCCUGGGGAUCCAGAUGAUCUGGACCAGAGACGCAGAAGAAGCACUAGUCCUCAGCAAGUCUGACAAGAAGGUCAUGCAGACGACCAAUCAGAAGUUCAUGGACCUCCUCAACGAGCUGAUCGACAUGACGACGAAGGAGCUGAGCAGAAACGAGAGGACGCAGUAUGAGACGCUCAUCACCAUCCACGUCCACCAGAGGGACAUCUUUGACGAGCUGGUGCGCCUGAACGUUCGGUCUGCGUUGGACUUCGAGUGGCAGAAGCAGUCGAGGUUUUACUUCCUGGAGGAGACGGACAGAUGCGUCAUUCAGAUCACAGACGUGGAGUUCAGCUACUGCAACGAGUACCUGGGCUGUACAGACAGACUGGUCAUCACUCCGCUGACUGACAGGUGCUACAUCACUCUAUCGCAGGCCCUGGGGAUGAGCAUGGGCGGAGCUCCGGCAGGUCCGGCAGGAACAGGUAAAACAGAGACCACGAAGGACAUGGGUCGCUGUCUGGGCAAAUACGUGGUGGUUUUCAACUGCUCGGACCAGAUGGACUACAGAGGACUGGGACGUAUUUAUAAAGGUCUGGCUCAGUCCGGAGCCUGGGGCUGCUUCGAUGAGUUCAACCGCAUCGAGCUGCCGGUCCUGUCAGUCGCCGCCCAGCAGAUCUACGUCGUCCUGCAGUGCAAGAAGAACAAGAAGAAGCAGUUUGUCUUCACAGACGGAGACGUGGUGGACAUGGACCCGGAGUUCGGCAUCUUCAUCACCAUGAACCCUGGAUACGCCGGGCGCCAGGAGUUGCCCGAGAACCUGAAGAUCCAGUUCCGCACAGUAGCCAUGAUGGUCCCGGACCGAGCCAUCAUCAUGAGGGUCAAACUGGCCAGUGCCGGUUUUCGUGACAACCAGGUUCUCAGCAGGAAGUUCUACACCCUCUACAAACUGUGUGAGGAGCAGCUCUCCAAACAGGUCCAUUAUGAUUUUGGUCUGAGGAACAUUUUGUCAGUUUUGAGGACGCUGGGCGCCGUGAAGAGAUCCAACCCGUCAGAGCCAGAGAAGACCGUGGUGAUGAGGGUCCUGAGAGACAUGAACCUUUCCAAACUGGUGGAUGAGGACGAACCUUUGUUCAUGAGUCUGAUCAACGACCUGUUUCCUGGGAUCGUUCUGGAUAAGGCCGGGUAUCCAGACCUGGAGACGUCCAUCUUCAGUCAGGCUCAGAGGGCCGGUCUGAUCCCUCACCCGCCCUGGAUCCUCAAACUGGUUCAGCUCUACGAGACGCAGAGAGUCCGACACGGUAUGAUGACGUUGGGUCCCAGCGGCGCCGGGAAGACGAGCUGCAUCCACACCCUGAUGAAGGCCAUGUCGGAAUGUGGCUCCCCGCACCGGGAGAUGAGGAUGAACCCCAAAGCCAUCACGGCCGCGCAGAUGUUCGGCACGCUGGACGUCACCACCAACGACUGGACCGACGGCAUCUUCUCCACCCUGUGGAGGAAGACGCUCAAGGCCAAGAAGGGGGAGUAUAUCUGGAUUGUGCUGGAUGGUCCUGUUGAUGCGAUCUGGAUCGAGAACCUGAACUCGGUCCUGGACGACAACAAAACUCUGACGCUGGCGAACGGAGACAGAAUCGCCAUGGCGCCCUGCUGCAAGAUCGUCUUUGAGCCCCACAACAUCGACAACGCGUCCCCGGCCACGGUGUCCAGGAACGGGAUGGUGUUCAUGAGCUCGUCGGUGCUCGGCUGGAGCCCCAUCCUGGAGGCGUGGCUUCAGACGCUCCCGGAGCCGCAGGCCGACGCCCUCAGACUCUGCUUCGACUCCUGCUACCAGGACGUGGUGGACUUUGUCUUCACUGCUGUGUCUCCUAAGAUGCAGGUGCUGGAGUGUAUGUACAUCAGACAGACUGUGGACCUGCUGCAGGGUCUGCUCCCAGCCGCGGAGGAGAAGCCCGGCUGCCACGUGGACGUCGGUCGCCUGUUUAUGUUCGUGGUCAUGUGGUCGCUCGGCGCGCUGCUGGAGCUGGACGACAGAGCCAAGAUGGAGGCCUUUCUCAAGGGACACGGCUCGUCUCUGGACCUGCCGCACACUCAGGACGACCAGACGAUCUUCGAGUUCACCAUCAAUGAGCAGGGGCAGUGGGAGCACUGGUCCAACAAGGUCCCAGAGUACGUCUACCCCAAAGACCACGUCCCAGACUACUCGUCCAUCCUGGUUCCAAACGUGGACAACGUGAGGACGGACUUCCUGACGCAGACCAUCAUGAAGCAGAGAAAAGCUGUGCUGCUGAUCGGAGAGCAGGGAACCGCCAAGAGCGUCAUGAUUAAAGGCUACACUGGUAAGCUGGACCCGGAGCUCCACCUCAGUAAGACGCUCAACUUCUCGUCUGCCACGCUGCCCGGCAUGUUCCAGAGAACCAUCGAGAGCUACAUCGACAAGAGGAUGGGCGCCACCUACGGGCCGCCGGCCGGGCGCAGGAUGACUGUUUUCAUAGAUGACAUCAACAUGCCCGUUAUCAACGAAUGGGGAGACCAGAUAACCAAUGAGAUUGUGCGUCAGCUGAUGGAACAGGGAGGUUUCUACAGUUUGGAUCGUCCAGGAGAGUUUAUCACCGUGGUCGAUGUUCAGCUGGUGGCGGCCAUGAUCCUCCCCGGUGGCGGUCGGAACGACAUCCCUCAGCGUCUGAAGAGACAGUUCUCCAUCUUCAACUGCACGCUGCCCUCCAACUCCUCCAUCGAUCUGAUCUUCAGCACCGUGGCUCAGGGGUACUUCUGCCCGGAGAGAGGCUUCCCCCCCGACGUCUGCCACCUCGCCGCCGCCCUGGUGCCCACCACCAGGCGGGUGUGGCAGGCCGUCAAGGCAAAGAUGUUACCGUCUCCUGCAAAGUUUCAUUAUAUUUUCAACCUGAGGGACCUGAGCAGAAUCUGGCAGGGGAUCCUGACUGUGAGGUCAGACGUGUGUCAGAGCUCCGCCCUCCUCGCCGCUCUCUUCCAUCAUGAAUGUUUCAGAGUCAUCGCCGACCGCUUCAUCGACAGCAGCGACCAACAAACCUUCAGCUGCAUCAUGGAGAAGAUCACAGAGGAGGAUCAUGGGAGAUCUGUGACUGAGCACCCCCAGUGGGACAGUUGCUUCGUGGACUUCCUGCGUGACGCUCCGGAGGCGACGGGGGACGAACCCGAAGACGCCGAGCUGGAAGCGCCGAAGGUGUACGAGCCGAUCCCGUCCCUGGACAUCCUGGCCGAGCGGCUCUCUGUUUUCCAGGAGCAGUUCAACGAGGCGGCACGAGGAGGAGCCAUGGACCUGGUCUUCUUCAAGGACGCCAUGACACACCUGAUGCGGAUCUCACGGAUCCUGCGGACGCAGCAGGGGAACGCCCUGCUGGUCGGGGUGGGGGGGUCGGGGAAGCAGAGCCUGACGAGGCUGGCUUCGUUUAUCGCAGGAUACCAAACCUUCCAGAUCACAAUGACCAGGUCGUACAACAGCAGUAACCUGCUGGAGGAUCUGAAGGCUCUGUAUCGUAUCGCCGGUCAGCAGGGGGGAGGAGUCACGUUCCUCUUCACCGACAACGACAUCAAAGACGAAGCGUUCCUCGAAUACAUGAACAACGUCCUGGCCAGCGGCGAAGUCUCCAACCUGUUUGCUCGCGACGAGCUGGACGACAUCACCCAGGAUCUGAUCCCGGUCAUGAAGAGAGAGCACCCCCGCCGACCUCCGACCUCAGAGAACCUGUACGACUUCUUCCUGUCCCGCGUGCGGAGCAACCUCCACGUCGUGCUCUGCUUCUCGCCGGUCGGGGAGAAGUUCCGGACUCGUGCUCUGAAGUUCCCGGGGCUGAUAUCAGGCUGCACGGUGGACUGGUUCCAGCGCUGGCCUCGGGACGCCCUGGUCGCUGUGUCGCAUCACUUCCUGUCUCAGUACCAGGACCUCCGCUGCUCCGAGGACGUGAAGCACAGCGUGGUGGUGACCAUGGGAACCUUCCAGGACCUGGUGGCGGAGAAAUGUGCCGAGUACUUUGAACGUUUCCGCCGUCAAACGUUUGUGACGCCAAAGUCGUACCUGUCCUUCAUCGACAGCUACAAGAUCAUCUACGCCGAGAAGAUCGCUCACGUGGGCACGCUGGCCGAGCGCAUGAAGACAGGUCUGUGUAAACUGAUGGAGGCGGAGCAGUCGGUGUCUCAACUCUCCAAGGAGCUGGUGCUGAAGGAGCAGGAACUCGCUGUCGCCUCCCAGAGGGCAGAUGAGGUCCUGCUGGAGGUCACCGCCAAAGCUCAGGCUGCUGAAAAGGUGAAGCAGCAGGUGCAGAAGGUGAAGGACAAAGCUCAGCUCAUCGUCAACGAGAUCGAAGUCGACAAAACAGCAGCACUGUCCAAACUGGAGGCUGCGAAACCAGCGCUGGAGGCUGCUGAGGCUGCACUGCAGACCAUUAAACCCUCGGACAUCGCCACCGUGAGGAAGCUGCAGAAGCCUCCUCAUCUCAUCAUGAGGAUCAUGGACGUGGUGCUGCUGCUGUUCCAGAGGAAGAUCGACCCGGUGACCCCUGACCCGGAGCGACCUUGUCUACGACCUUCGUGGGCUGAGGCCAUGAAGCUGAUGCAGAACUCCUCGUUCCUCAGCAUGUUGCUCAACUUCAGCAAGGACUCCAUCACAGAGGAGGUGGUGGAGCUGCUCGCUCCUUACCUGGAGGUGGACGACUACAACUUGGAGUCCGCCAAGAGGAUCUGUGGGAACGUGGCGGGACUCUGCGCCUGGACUCAGGCCAUGGCUGACUUCUUCUCCAUCAACAAGGAGGUGCUGCCCCUGAAGGCUAACCUGGCCCUGCAGGAGGCCCGUCUCCAGGUGGCUCAGGCUGAACUGGGUAAAGCUCAGGAGCAGCUGGACACGAAGCAGCGAGAGCUCGACGCCGUGCAGGCGCUUUACGACGCUGCCAUGAAGGAGAAGCAGGACCUGGAGGACGACGCCCAGGCCUGCCGCCAGAAGAUGGCCAAUGCCACGGCUCUGAUCGACGGGCUGGGGGGGGAGAAGGUCCGUUGGACGGACAGCAGUGCCGGGUUCCAGACGCAGAUCGACCACCUGGUCGGAGACGUCCUUCUGUCCAGCGGCUUCCUGUCGUACGCCGGCCCCUUCAACCAGGAGUACCGGCGCCUCCUGCUGGAGCUGUGGAAGAAGGAGAUGGAGGCGCAGCUCAUUCCCUUCAGUCCUGACUUGAAUGUGAUUGGUCUGCUGGUGGACACCACCACAGUGGGCGAGUGGAACCUGCAGGGGCUACCCAGCGACGACCUGUCCAUCCAGAACGGCAUCGUGGUGACCAAGGCGUCACGCUACCCCCUGCUGAUCGACCCCCAGGGUCAGGGCAAGACCUGGAUCCAGAGCAGAGAGCGAGACCAGCAGCUGCAGGUGACGUCUCUGAACCAUAAAUAUUUCCGAUCCCACCUGGAGGACAGUCUGUCUCUGGGGCGCCCCCUGCUGCUGGAGGACGUCGGGGAGGAACUGGACCCGGUCCUCGACAACAUACUGGACAAGAACUAUCUCAAGUCUGGGUCCACAUACAAAGUGAAGCUGGGAGACAAGGAGGUGGACGUGAUGAAGGGCUUCACGCUCUACAUCACCACCAAGCUCGCCAACCCGGCCUACAGCCCCGAGGUCAGCGCCAGGACGGCCGUGGUGGACUUCACCGUCACCCAGCGAGGCCUGGAGGACCAGCUGCUGGGACGGGUCAUUCUGCUGGAGAAACAGGAGCUGGAGGCGGAGCGGGUGAAGCUCCUGGAGGAGGUGACGUCCAACAAGAGGAAGAUGCAGGAGCUGGAGGACAGUCUGUUGUUCAGGCUGACGAGCACACAGGGCUCCCUGGUGGAGGACCAGUCUCUGAUCGAGGUGCUGAGGGUCACCAAGACCACGGCUCAGGAGGUGAGCGAGAAGCUAUCGGUGGCGGCGGAGACGGAGGUGAAGAUUAACCAGGCCAGGGAGGAGUACCGUCCAGUGGCCACCAGAGGGAGCAUCCUCUACUUCCUGAUCGUGGAGAUGUCGCUGGUGAACAUCAUGUACCAGACGUCGCUGCGGCAGUUCCUCGGGCUCUUCGACUCGUCCAUGCAGAACUCGGCCCGGUCGCAGGUCACCUCCAAACGCAUCUGCAGCAUCAUCAGCUUCCUCACGUACCAGGUUUACUGUUACACGUCCAGAGGUCUGUACGAGGAGCACAAGCUGCUCUUCACUCUGCUCCUGGCCCUGAAGCUGGACCUGCAGGCCCGGACCAUCUCCCAGCCCGAGGUGCUCACCUUCAUCAAAGGCGGGGCCUCUCUGGACCUGAACUCUGUAGAACCUAAACCACGACGCUGGAUCCUGGACCAGACGUGGCUGAACCUGGUGCAGCUGUCGGUUCUGCCUCAGUUCAGUCAGAUCCUGACUCAGGUGGGUCAGAACGAACGGACCUGGAGGAGCUGGUUCGACCUCCCGGCUCCAGAGGAAGCCGCGCUGCCCGACGGGUACGAGGAAAAGCUCGACACCUUCCGGAAGCUUCUGCUGAUCCGGAGCUGGUGUCCGGACCGAACCAUCGCUCAGGCGCGACGCUACAUCUCCCAGUCGCUGGGUCAACAGUACGCUGAAGGUUUGGUUCUGGACCUGGACGCCAUGUUGGCAGAGAGCGACUACCGGACGCCAAUGGUCUGUCUGCUGUCGAUGGGCUCGGACCCGACUGAGAACAUAGAGCGGCUCGCCAAGAACAAGGGGGCGCCGUGCUCGCCCAUCUCCAUGGGGCAGGGCCAGGAGAUUCACGCUCGCAGGCUAUUGGCCAAUAGCAUGACAGAUGGAGGCUGGCUCCUCCUCCAGAACUGCCACCUGGGACUGGACUUCCUGGAUGAGCUGCUGGAGACGGUCACCAAGGCAACCCCGGAGAACGUGCACAGUGGUUUCCGGGUGUGGCUGACGACCGACGUGCACCCGCGAUUUCCCAUCACCUUCCUUCAGUCGUCCAUCAAGUUCACCAACGAACCUCCUCUUGGAAUGAAAGCCGGACUGAAGAGAACCUUUAAUGGUGUGACCCAGGACCAGUUAGAGAUCAGCAACCUGCCUCAGUGGAAACCUCUCCUCUACGCUGUGGCCUUCCUCCACACCACGGUCCAGGAGCGUCGUAAGUUCGGUCCUCUGGGCUGGAACAUCCCGUACGAGUUCAACCAGGCCGACUUCACCUCCAGCGUCCAGUUUGUCCAGAACCACCUGGACGACCUGGACUCCAAGAGAGGCGUGAACUGGAGCUGCCUUCGCUACAUGCUGGGUGAGGUCCAAUAUGGCGGCAGAGUAACCGACGACCUGGACAAGUGUCUCCUGAACACCUUCACUCGUGUCUGGUUCAGCGAGAACACGUUCAGCGAAAAGUUCUGUUUCUACAAAGGCUACAGCGUCCCCUCCAAGGUCAGGACGGUCCAGGACGUCCUGCAGCACAUCGAGUCCCUGCCGCCGGUGGACUCUCCUGAGGUGUUCGGGCUCCACCCCAACGCUGACAUCACAUACCAGACCAACCUGGCCAAUGAGACGCUCAGCACCAUUAUCAACAUCCAACCAAAAGACAGCGGGGGAGGGGCUGGGGAGACCAGGGAAACCAGCGUGCAGAGGCUGGCCAAUGAGAUGCUGGAGAAGCUGCCACCUGACUACGUCCCGCAUGAGGUUAAAGGUCAACUGCAGAAGAUGGGUCCACUUCAGCCAAUGAACAUCUUCCUCCGACAGGAAGUGGAGCGCAUGCAGCGAGUCAUCAGCAGCGUCCGGAGCACGCUCACUGACCUCAAGCUGGCCAUCGAUGGCACCAUCAUCAUGGCGGAGGACCUGCGUGAUGCUCUCGACUGCAUGUUCGAUGCCCGGAUCCCUCGCCUGUGGCUGCGGCUCAGCUGGCCGUCGGCCACGUUGGGUUUCUGGUUCAGUGAGUUACUGGAGAGGAACCAGCAGCUCAGCGGCUGGAUCAGCAGCGGCCGACCAAACCAGUUCUGGCUCACUGGUUUCUUCAACCCUCAGGGGUUCCUCACGGCGAUGCGUCAGGAAACAACUCGCGCCAACAUCUCCAGGGGCUGGGCCUUGGACACGGUUACCCUUAACAAUGAUGUCACCAGGAUGAUGAGGGAGGACGUGUUGGCUCCGCCCCCUCUGGAUGUGGGCGGGGUCUACAUCUACGGCCUCUUCCUGGACGGAGCGGCGUGGGACCGGCGAGCCGCCAAACUCACUGAGGCUCUGCCCAAGGUCCUCUUCACUCCUCUCCCCGUGGUCCACGUCUACGCCGUCAGCGCAGCCAACAUGGCCGACAGCAGGCGCCCGGCCGCAGCCGGCGCCAUCAGCCUGUACUCGUGUCCGGUUUACAAGAAGCCGCGCCGCACCGACCUGAACUUCGUCUUCUCGCUGACGCUCAGGAGUUCUCAGCCGGCCGAGCACUGGACGCUGCGAGGCGCCGCUCUGCUCUGCGACUGCAAGUGA